ACUCCGAGUGAGUGGGAAUGCAAAAUGUGGCUAAGUGAAUGUCUUGGCAGCAACGGCUAGAGUAGUUAGCCCCAUUGGGUUGCGACCAUCUCAUCACGUCUCGCAUCGGCCGAGCUUCCACCUCGACAACACACAUCGUGAUGGGUGCCGACGACUACGCCGCCACCGGCGGAGCACUCAAGCUCAAAGGCGUCAAAGACGGCGGUAUCAAAAAGAAGAAGAAGAAGUCCAGCGCCGCCGCGAAGGCCAAAACUACACCUCCACCCACGAGCACCGACGUGCAAGCACGACCCGAAUCCGAGCAGCCACAUGAGGACGAGGAUCCGUGGGCGGGCAAGACGGAGGCAGAGCGGAGGUUCGAGAAGAGGAAGCAGGAACAGCUCGAGAAGCGCCUCGCCAAGGAGGGGAUAAAGUCGCAUAAGGAACGCGUCGAGGAGUAUAAUAAGUACUUGGCGAGUCUGAGUGAGCACCACGACAUGCCGAGGAUCGGACCGGGCUAACGCGGCGGGAUUGUGGCGGGUAUUGCCGUGGUGGUGGUGGUGGUGGUGGAAGGUGGGAGUGCGAACAUGAUGUUAGGAUUACGGUCGAUAUCUGCACCGAGUUGGAUAACUUCAUACACGCAAGAAGCACCCCCAGGAAGCACCAUCACCGCGAGGCGGGGAUUUUUCUAUGCGAUGGUAAUUACACUUACAUACUGUGGCCAUUCA